CAGCACUCGGCGCAUGUUUUAUUCUUUGGCCUGCUCACUGUUACACCUGCGACCCUGUAACGUAAUGUCUUUUUCAUAACAACAAACCGCGCCUCUUCAUCUGCGCCAUGGAGCAGACACCCAUUGCGCAACUCAGCCCGGAACUGCCCUCGGUAGAAUCGCAGCAUUUCCGGGCCAUCGUCACACUGAUAUGGCCGUACUCGUCGUCGGCACGCCAGCUAGCCCUCCUGCUCGCGGAGCCAGAUCUCCGGCUUAGGCGAAGGAACGGUCAGGUCAGGGCUCGCUUUUCGGGCGCAAGUGCAAAGGCCAUUGCGACAACAGGCGUAGGAAUCGGCGAUGAGGUCGUCUUGAGCCUGCGAGGCGCGCAAUUUGUCACUGAGGGCGCCAUCAGCACGCCCGGAAAGAGUAUUGAUUGGGAGCUGGAAUACGUUCAAACAGUCGUCAUUCGCAUCUACCGAAACGGAGAAGAGACCGCCAAUAUCGAGCUCGUUGAUGCGCCGCCCACUCCAGCCCCUGCAUCACCACUCCGCCGACAAUACCGAGCCGCUGCAAGCCCAGCGCUACAAUAUUCGUCCCCUGCCUUCUUGAAGCGUGCGCGCCUGUCUGACGGGCCCUUCUUCGAACCGCCCUACGAUCCCCUGGCCGACGAGACAGGCGAAGGCCACGACAAAAAGCGACGGAGGAAAUCGUAUCGAGACUGGAAAGCAUGGACAUAUAGUACGAGGACACCCUCGCCAGAGAAGGAGGAUGUGGCCAUGGACGAGGAAAUGGAGUGGCUUGAGGCAUCGCCCAGCCGCCCAGAACAGCUCCCUCAAACGCCUACCUCGCCCUCAAAAUCCGCCACGGUAUCCAAAUCAGCCAAGCCACUGUGUGCUCAAGGUACCAAACAAACAGAAGCACCGGUUUCGGCAGAGGAGGCCAUCUCGCAACCGGAUGAGCAAGAUGCAGAUGAGAGCGUAAUUCGCGGGUCUAACUACAGUGUGCUCUACUCGGCUCCAGAUGAGCAUCUGUCAUCAGAUGCCCAGUACGCUUUUGGUGGCGAUACCGAGGUAGACACUGAAGUCAACACAGAGGAAGAAUAUCCUGCGCAAGGAGAGACUGAGGGGGGCAGUACAAGCACAAACGAGCCCGGCGUUGAUGAGGUUCAUCGUGUGGAGCGUGAAACUACAGGCAGCGAUGAAGAUGCGGCCGCAGAAGCGCGGGCAGAAAACGACACACAUGAAGACCGUGUACAGGUUGUUGCAUCACACCAAGCCACAACAUCCAUGUCCGUCCCCGAGGCAGACGGUCAAAAUGCUGAAUCAUCACCAGCACUACUUAUCAAUCCUCCAAGAAUUGCGAUGCCUCCUCCUACUUUGACCACUAUUCAAAUCGACACCCAAAACACUGCGUCUGCUGCUCUCUUGACCCCAAUCGGUAGGGAGCCUGGAAGCCCAACUCUUCGGCCCCUGGACUCGGCCAAUCUCCCGAUACCGUCACCGUUUCCUGGCGAACGCGAAAACACCGCCACCUCUUACUUUGAUCAACUAAUCGCCAAUGAGCAGACUGUGGAACCGGAAGCCGAGGGUGAAGAAGAGGAGAAACCACCAAGCGAAGCAAGCUACAUCGGCGAGACAUCUUUCUUUAGCUCGAUUGGUUCCUCCAACAUAUCCGCAUUUCACCCGAAUCAUGAGUCAGCCUUUGCACCUUUGCGCUUCACUUUCGGUAUGGAUGGUGCUGGAUUUUCGCGCCCUAUGGAGCUCUCGUCGCCACCGCCUGAAACCCGACCGGACGAGGAAGUCAAGGAUGUGCCGGAGGCAUUAGGUUCGACUACGAUCGCAGACACUUCAUUUGACACUUCUGAUACGGGUGCCCCUUCAGCAUCUCGGAAUACAGGAGGUGCCCAGAAAGCUAGCGAAAAUGCUGAAGAGGUACCUGCGACAGAAGCACAGAACACUGUUGAAGAAGCUCAAGAUCCCGACGUAACGAUGCUUUCUUCAAGCGAGGAUGGAAGUUCUAGUGCUAAGGAACCCGACCAGGACACCGCUCAUCACAUUGGCCAGGAGACUGAGAAUGACGCAGUUGUUAGCCCAGCUGUAGGUUCUGAAGGUGGAGCUGUUGAAGAACCAAAAGACAAUCAGCAAACUUCGCCUAAUGAACACGGCUCACCCAUUGAACAUCAAAGUCCAAAGACUUCUCCCCAGGAUCAAGACCAGCCUUCACCCACAACCCUCAAAAGUCACAGUGAGUUCGUAAACCAGGAUCCCACAACCGAAACCUCCAUUCAUUCCGAAGCCCCAGAUGAGCCAGCUGCCACUCACACGCCAUCCCAGGAAACGGAGCCCAGUGAAGAUGUCAACCCGAUGGAGCAGUCCUUCUCCAUGGAUCAUUCAUACGAAGCUUCUAUAGAAGCUACCGACGAAUACUUGCAGGACGCUUUUCCAAUGGACCAUAUGUCACAAGAGUUUCAGGAUGAACAAUAUACCCAAACAGAGCAAGGUUCGGUUAUGGAAGAUCAAUGGACAGAAGACCAUUUCGAUUCACAAACUGACCACUCCAAGGCUUCGAUGAAUCAGGACAUGGGUGAAAUGCAGACUGUGGAUACGCCUCUUACUGUGCCGGCUAAGAACACAAGAUCCAAGGCCAAAGCUCAAACUCCGUCGGUGAAGGAUGAGGCGCCUGCCUCCAUUCGUACCACGCGCUCGACACGGUCCCGGGGUUCUGGAGCUACACAGGCUUCGCCAAACAGCAUUAAAACCAAAUCAGAAUUUUUGUCUCCAGAGAAGAAUAUCACGGCUCAUAUUUCUACCACUGUCCGCGAGAGCCCACGAAAAUCUUUGCAAAGAAGCUUAAAACAAGAAUUCGCUGCAGCUCGCUCUCGGAAAGAGACGGAUGGCUUAUCAUCUCCCAAGUUUGAGUUGUCACACGAUCAGAAUGCAUCCGAGAGUGAACAUAUGAAUGAUGUUCUUGUCAAAGACUGGGCUGAGCGGAACACUCACACUGAAUAUUCCGCGUCGCCUGCACGCACAUUAGAAGACUUGACUGAGGCACAGAGAUCGGAGUUUGGCAGUCCCACUAAACGCGAUGCUCCUAGCAGAGAAGAUGAUGUGGUUACCGAAUAUCUCUCGGGCACUGAUCUAGAGUCAAAAACAAAGUCCAAGGCCAAGACGGGACGAAAGAAGCCUACGCUAAAGGCAGUUGUCGAGACUCAAAGCAGUCAAGCUGCAACGUCCGAAUCUGGCAGUCCUAGUAGGCGGCUGCGUUCAAAAGGACCUGCCGAGCCGGUCACUCAAAGUCCUCGCAAUGUGCGGAGAACAAGAAGGAAUGUGUACAACGUUUCUGAGCGUCAGGAAAGCGAAGAGAUUAGUGAGGCGGAUCCAAAGCCUGGAGAGAAGUCACAACGGGGUGAAAGUGAAGACCUGUCACAAACAUCUGCAGUUAAGGCUGAAGAGUCCAUGCGCAGUUCUACGCUCAACUCACAAGCAGCUUUACAAAGGCAAAGGCUCAUGACUCCGGAUGCAACUCAGCAAACUACCAAUGAAGCUCAGUCAAGCCUUGUCGCUGCGCCCGCAGGACAGGACUCGUUAUUGACUCCCCAACCCACCCAGGCGACAUCCGCCAAUCUCCACUCCUCCCAGCAGGACACUGACAUGGACGGUACAUCCGCAUCAACCAGCGCUAAAAAGUCUCCCAACACUAAAACCACGCCCGGCCACAACAAACCAACCACAGACACGACGUCAACCUCCUUAUCCCCCACACUAGUUGGACAACCCACCUCAAAACCCGACCCCUCCGAAGCCACACAGGAAUCUCCGUCAAUCGGCCUCUCAACCCCUCUCUCCUACUACACCCCUCUCAAAGACCUCCCCUAUUUCCUUAACCGCUCCUCCCAAUUCCACUCGUCCGCAAACCCAGACAUCCUCGCCCUCGUCACCUCCGCCACAACCGCAAAUGAAAAAGCGAAAAAAGGGCCUAAGCACUGGAACACGACUUUGCAUAUCACAGAUGUAAGCUCCUGGCCCGCGACAACAACGGUCCAGUGCUUCCGUGCGUACCAGGAGGCGCUGCCGGAAGCAGGCGUGGGAGAUGUGGUGUUGCUAAGGGCGUUUGCGGUGAAGUCGUUGAAUCGGCAUCCAGCGCUUGUGAGUGCAGAUGAGAGCGCGUGGUGUGUUUGGAGGUGGGGGAAACCGGGUUGGGGUGUUGAGAACGGGGCGCUUGGGGAGUUGAAGGUGAGGGAGGAGGUUAAAGGGCCGGAGGUUGAGCGUGGUGAGGGUGAGUGGCACGAGGUGGAGAGGCUGAGGGCUUGGUAUGAGAGUAGGGUUAAGCAGGAGUUGCAGGAGAAGGAGGAGAGUCAGGUUAAGACUCGGAGUAGAGAUAAGGCAAAAGGAGCUGCUGGAGGCAGUGCGGAUGCAUAG